GCGCUGCCCCUGCCUGGCCUUCAGGCCUCUCCCCGCCGGAGUGGGACUGCUGCCAGAGCCCUGAGGGGACACCGGUGGCUGUGGCCUCCUCCUGCGCCUCUCACCCACGGGCAGGCUGAGGCUGCUCCCUGAAAAGCGGGCCAGGACGCUCCCUUGGAUAUCGGCUCUGUGCACUGUCAUGUCAGUUCUUCCAGACCUUCACCAGCAGUAUUUGCAGGCUUGUCAAAACCUGAGCCAACCUGAAAACCCUUUCAUUGCUCACGUGCUUCGAGAAGCUGAUAAAAGUGAUAACAUGAAAUGGACAAAAGGGAUCACAUUAAAAAUAGCUGGAAAUAAUCAUUUAGUGCCUGUGCAGAGAGUUACAGAUGAAGAUCUUCAAGUUCUUGCCUUUGUCUUACGCAGUUCUGUAUUUGUCACAGGUUUGGAUCUUAGGUAUAAUGUAUUGACUGAUGUUGGAGCAAAGCACAUGACAACGUUCCUCCAGGAAAACUCGACUCUGCGGUACCUUAACCUGAUGUUUAAUGAUAUUGGCACAAGCGGAGCAGAGCUGAUAGCGAAAGCCCUCCAUAGGAAUGAAACCCUUGUGUAUUUGAGAAUGACUGGAAACAAAAUAGGAAACCAAGGUGGAAUGUACUUUGCUUCGAUGCUACAAAUUAAUUCCACCUUAGAGAAGUUAGAUCUUGGAGACUGUGAUCUGGGCACGCAGUGUCUGAUAGCAAUAGCAACAGCCCUGACUCAGAACAAAUCAGUCAAAGCAAUAAACCUAAAUCGUCCUUUACUAUACAGCCAAGAGGAAGAGACCACAGUCCAUGUAGCUUCGAUGUUGAAAAAUAACUCUUCUCUUGUGGAACUACAUUUGUGCAAGCAUGAAAUUAAAAGCUUUGGUGUAGAGCGACUGUGCGAGGCAUUGUAUGAAAACUGCAGUCUGAGAUACCUUGAUCUUAGCUGUAAUAGGAUAACUCGUGAUGAUGUGAAAUUUUUGGGAGAACUACUAAAACGGAACCAAACCCUGGAAAUACUAGAUCUUAACUCAAACCGAAUAGAAGAUGAUGGAGCCGUCUACUUGAGUGAAGCUUUGGCUUUGUACAACAGGACUCUUCAGGCGUUAUCAAUAGUAAGCAACAAUAUAAGUGGCAAAGGCCUCGUAGCUCUUUCACAAGCAAUGAAAACAAACACGGAACUUUCCUAUAUUUAUAUCUGGGGGAACAAAUUUGAUGAUGCCACCUGUAUGGCAUUUUCAGAAUUAAUUCAGACUGGCCGUUUGAAACCUGCUUGUACAGACGUGGAACUGUAUGAAGUGGAUGGGCACGUUUACCUUGCAGAGCUCUCCCAUGGCCUUAAGAAGCAUUACUACUGGACACCCAGUUGUGGGGAGGUAACGAACAAAGCUGCUAACGCCAGCCUGGCAGUUGGAGCUGUUUCAGAAUAUUUGUAAGGUAGAAGUAGCCUGAAGCCAUAAAUGCUUGAGGUUUUUCCACCUGGCUUCUAGUGAAAUGGAUGACAUCAUACUUACUGCGGGUUGUUUCUUUAGGGUCUCUAGUCUAGAAGGAGUCUAAAAACACUUGGAAAUGAUAUUAGAGAUGAGAUAUUGAACCAGUAGCCAUGAAAUUUGUUAUUAAAUAAUGCCCGAUCUAUUAAAAGCCUAUUAAUAUGAAAAUGCGUUAAUUCUGCUAGUCAUUGCUGUUGCAUAUGCAUCUCCUUUAGGGACAUGGCUUCGUGGGUGAUAUUGGUGGUAGUGGGAUGGUUGGAGGUCUCUUCCAACCUUAAUGGUUCUGUGAUUCCAUGAUUCCUUUGCCUUACUGUAAUUAGAUGUAGUUCCAUUGCCCUUCCUGGGCUGCAGUUCCUGCAGUCAGGCUUCCCUGUAGUAGGGAGAGCCUGCAGGUAGUGUUGUUUCCUCUCUGCAGGCUGGAGGCCAGCCAGGCAGACUGAACUGAUAAAAGCUUCCACCUAGGACUGCCGCUGGGCAGCAGCUCUGCUUGAGAGCAAAUCAGAUAUGUGGUAGAACAGGAUUCCUGUUUGAGUAAAUGCAUUUGUUGCCACUGCUCUGUAACACUCUCCUUUUACUGAAAAAUGGUGCGUGUGUGUUCUUUAUCCAAGAGUACUUUAUUUUUUAACCAAGUUAAAUGAAUUUAAGCUCUUAGCCCGAAGAAUGCAUGAACUCUAAAGCUAGUAAACCUAGUUCAGAUAUAUAAAUGGUAUUUUGAUUAACUUGCUGUAUGUAGUUCUUUCUUAAAUGACAAAUGAAAAACACCACUGAACUUGGUGUUACUUCUUCCUGUCUCUUAAACU